AAAACUGCGAGAGAAGCAGUGAUUGAGGAGAGAGCGGAGCGGCGGUAGCGACGACGGCCAUUUUAGAGCUGCCCUGGUAACCGACACUCAUCCCCGGGAUUUUUAUUUUUUCCUGUUCAGCGCAAACGCUCCGCCUGACUGAAGAGCACCGAAGAAGGCUGUGUUCGACUUCCCCGCGGCUGAACUCGAAGUCAGGAUGCGGUUCCGAGGGAAUAAACGAUUCGCAUCCGCGGUCGGACUGGUCCUCGGACUACUAUGCGCGGUGGAGGCAGCUAAAGUCAACAAGCACAAACCCUGGAUCGAGACGACGUACCACGGGAUCGUGACGGAGAACGACGACAAGGUCGUCCUGGACCCGCCCCUGAUUGCGCUGGACAAAGACGCCCCCUUACGCUACGCAGAGAGUUUUGAGGUGACCCUCACUAAAGAAGGUGAGAUUUGCGGCUUCAGGAUCCACGGGCAGAACGUCCCCUUUGAAGCAGUGGUCCUGGACAAGUCCACUGGCGAGGGGGUCAUCAGGACCAAGGAGAAGCUUGACUGUGAGCUGCAAAAGGAGCACACCUUCACCAUCCAGGCCUACGACUGUGGAGAGGGUCCCGAUGGAGCCAACAUGAAGAAAUCACACAAGGCCACUGUCCACAUCCAGGUGAACGACAUCAACGAAUACGCUCCGGUGUUCAAGGAGAAAACAUACAAAGCCACCGUGAUCGAGGGGAAGAAAUACGACAGCAUCCUGAAGGUGGAGGCGGUGGAUGCUGACUGCUCCUUCCAGUUCAGCCAAAUCUGCAGCUAUGAAAUAGUGACACCAGAUGUGCCCUUUACCAUUGACAAAGAUGGUUUUAUUAAGAACACCGAGAAGCUGAGCUACGGCAAAGAGCACAUGUACAAGUUGACCGUGACGGCCUACGACUGCGGAAAGAACCGAGCUUCUGAGGACGUGUUGGUCAAAAUCAGCAUAAAGCCCACCUGCAAACCCAGCUGGCAAGGUUUCAAUAAGAGGACUGAGUAUGAACCGGGCACAGGUAGCCUGGCCCUUUUCCCCAGCAUGCACUUGGAGACGUGCGAUGUGCCGAUCACCUCCAUCCGGGCCAGUAUUGAACUGGAAACCAACCACAUUGGAAAGGGCUGCGACCGCGAUACCUACUCCGAGAAGUCUCUGCACAAGCUGUGCGGAGCCAGCUCCGGCACCGUGGAGCUCCUUCCUGCACCCAGCAGCUCCGCCAACUGGACGGUGGGACUGCCCACAGAUAACGGCCACGACAGCGACCAGGUGUUCGAGUUCAAUGGGACCCAGGCCAUCAAGGUGCCUGAUGGGUUGGUGAACACCAACCUGAAGGAGCCCUUCACCAUCUCCGUGUGGAUGAGACAUGGACCCGGCUCCCACGAAAAGGAGACUAUCCUCUGUAACUCUGACAAAACGGAUAUGAACAGACACCACUACUCCCUCUACGUCCACAACUGCAGGCUAAUCCUUCUCCUGCGCCAGGAUCCGUCGGAGGCAGAGAACUACAAGCCAGCAGAGUUCCACUGGAAACUUGACCAGGUGUGCGACAAAGAGUGGCAUCAUUACGUGCUCAACGUGGAGUUCCCCACCGUCUCCCUGUUUGCUGAUGGGACUGCCUUCGAGCCCUUCAUGGUCACAGAGGACUACCCACUGCACCCCUCUAAGAUCGAGACGCAGCUCACCGUCGGUGCCUGCUGGCAGGAGAACUCAGGACAUGACAAUGACACUGAGACAGGCCCUGAGACCACCUCAGGCGGGAAUGCCCGGAUGGCUCAGUUUUUCCGAGGGAACCUCGCAGGCCUGAUCAUCCGCUCCGGCAAACUGGAGAACAAGAAGGUGAUCGACUGUUUGUACACCUGCAAAGAAGGACUCGACGUUCAGCUGCCUGAGGAAGUAGCUUCAGCGGUGAAGGUUGAUUUCAACCCCAACCAGUCCUCUCUGACUGUGGAAGGUGAAGACAUCAGUGCCUUUGAGAAAGUCAUGCAGCACAUCUCCUACUUAAACUCCCGGCAGUUCCCAACCCCAGGCAUCAGGCACCUUCGCAUCUCCACCACUGUCAAGUGUUUGAACGAGGACGCCUGCGUGGGAGUGCCAGACGCCGAAGGUUACGUGAUGGUGAUGCAGCCCGAGGAGCCGAAGAUCAGCCUGAGCGGCAUCGACCACUUCGCUCGCAGCGCCGCUGAAUUCGAGAGCCAGGAAGGAGUGACUCUGUUCCCCGAGCUUCGCAUCGUGAGCACAAUCACCCGUGAAAUGGAGGUCGACGCCGAGUCCGAAGCAGCAGAGGGUACCGACGAUGACCCCACAGUUCAAGAGACGGUUGUGUCGGAGGAGAUCAUGCACAACUUGGACUCGUGUGAAGUCUCUGUGGAGGGAGACGAGCUGGACAGCGAGCACGAGAGCCUGGAGGUGGACGUUUCGCAGCUGCAGCAGCGCGCCCUGGAGAUGAGCUCAUCCAACCUGGGCCUCGUGAUAAAUGGCGUGAACACUAUGGCCAACUACGAGCAGGUGCUGCACCUUAUCCGCUACAAGAACUGGCACACCGAAGCGCUCUUUGACAGGAAGUUCAAGCUGGUCUGCUCUGAGCUCAACGGCCGCUAUAUCAGCAACGACUUCAAGGUUGAGGUGAAUGUGAUCCACACAGCCAAUCCCGUAGAGCAUGUCAACAACGCCAUGGUGGCGCCCAGCUUCAUCAACCCUGUCCAUCACGCCUCGGGGGAUCUGUCCGGUCACAACUUGGCCAACGCUCACCAGGCCUCAGUGGUGCCCAGCGCUGCCACCAUUGUCAUCGUGGUGUGCGUGAGCUUCCUGGUGUUGAUGAUCUUCAUGGGCGUGUUCCGCAUCCGAGCCGCGCACCAGCGCUCCGUCAGGGACCAGGAGAGCGGCAAGGAGAACGAGAUGGACUGGGACGACUCGGCCCUGACCAUCACGGUCAACCCCAUGGAGACGUACGAGGACCAGCACAGCAGCGAGGAGGAGGAGGAAGAGGAGGAGGAGAGCGAGGACGGCGAGGAGGAAGACGACAUCACGAGCGCCGAGUCGGAGAGCAGCGAGGACGAGGAGGGCGGGGAGCCAGAGGACCAGCAGGGGACCAGCAGACAGCAGCAGCUGGAGUGGGACGACUCCACUCUCACCUACUGACACACCAAGCCCCCCACACACACAUGCUCUGAAACACACGUAACCAAGCCACAGUCACCGCUUUACGCACCCCUCCAUGCAGUUUCAUGUCUAGGAGCCAUGAUAUAAAAAAAAAAAUCAAAUAAAACGGACAAAAAAAAAGUAUAAAAAAAGUCCUUCAGCGUAUAUGGUCAAGGCUUUCCUGUUGUUAUCUUCGUGGUGGUACUCAGUGUAGUGUAGUCAUCACCGGAUUGCUGAUUUCUACUUCUCGUUUUUAUUUAUUAUUCUUUGGAUUCCCUUGAAAACUUGGCCUACAUUUCUUGUGGAGUGCGUGAGGAAGCCAGCCCUUGCACUUUGUGUUCUCAGUUGGGCUUUCACGAGGAGAUCCCAUCUAGAUUUCCCCACGUUUUGUCCCUUUUUGGCUUCAGCUUUUAGGGUCGCUUGCCGCUGACUUCAGUUUUCUCGGAUCGUGGUCCACAGUGGAGCAAGUUUUAACAAGGUAGCCCGCCUGCAGUCUCGCUCUCUCUUUUUUUUUUUUUACUAUUAUUAUUUUCCUUGUUUUAGUGCAUGAGGAAACUCGGGAAGUCUUACGUGUAGAGAAACGAAUCGCUUUUUGAAGAUUUUUUUUGUUUUUUGUAAAUAUAAAAACAACGAUGUAAUUAGUCGGCGUGUUAGUGAAAGCCCGCUCAGCAGGGUCCGAUAUUACGCAGUACGUCAUGUAGAAUAUUUGUGUCGCCGCCGGCUGUAGCAUGUCGCUGAAUUUCUGCUGAAGCGGUUCCAACGUGCUUUUUUUUUUUUUUUUUUUUUUUUAAAGUCUGCCUCGCGAUGAGAAACCCAGGACUGUUGCGCGGAGGUUUCCAUGACUAAGUGGCGUCCGUUUUUUUCUUUUUAUUUCGUUAUUUUCUGCAGAGUGAAGUCGGUUCUUUUGCUUUUGUGAGCAGAACGGCUUGACAGUUUCCGCUCCGCUACUAUCAAGGACCCCAGUCCCAAAAAUAAAUCAUUUGACAAAUAAAUGUUUAUUUCUGUGAUACUUAAUGGACGAAGAAUGAAUUGAUUUACGCAUACAUAUGUCAAUAAUUUUAUGCAUUACAGAAUUUGAUGUGAAAAUUCUACAUUUUAAACAUAAAAUGUUAAAUGUUAAAUUCAUAGACAAUUUUUUUCCUAUUUAUUUUAUUGUUUCAGACUUCCUGCCAUCAUGAAACCUGUUGUGUCUGCAUCACAGUUUAAAACCAUUUAACGCCUAAAACACGAAAUAAAAGUCAGAAAAGUAUUUUAAAAAUGUACCUGUUUAUCAGAUGCGUCUUUAAAUAUCCAGCGGAUUUAACAGCAAUUUGUAUCAUAACUGACCAAUUAGGAGUUAGUGGGCAUUUAUUUAAGAUUUUUGAUUUCAUUUGACUUAAUAAUUGAAUUUGAACAGGACUUUCCCAACCAAAAGGUUUUUGAUUAUAAGCCUUUUAAAACAAACGCAGAAAUUCACUAGAAAAACAACUAAAGAACAAUAAAAUAUACUUGAAAUUGUUAAAACAAAUUAAUAGGACUAGAAUUUAUUAUGUUUGUAUCAUAAUUGAUACAUUAGGCAUUUCUGGUUUAUGGUAAGGUGUAGUUAUCAUAUUUGUCCAACCAAAAAUGCAACUAAAGCAAUUAAAGUUGUAAAAUAUACCUUAAGUAUCACAGCUGAUAAAUUUACAUGACAGUUUUAUUUUGUUUUUCCACGUCAGAGUUAAAUCAUUCACCAAGAAUAGAAAACAAGCUUUUGAGAAAAACCUCCGCUGUCUUAAGGAGGUAAAAGUGUCUCGUAGCGUUCGCCGUCGUGGGGUUCCUCCAGACCAAUCACCUCGGCCUUACAUCAUGUUAGCUCCGCCUACUGACUUUGAUGGGUCAGACUGAUAGAAAAAAACACAGGGCUAUUAAAUAUUGAAACAAAUACAGUAAUAAUUCAUGUUUUUAACAAAAAAGUCACCUUUUAAUUAACCAUUCCCACAUUCAAUUACAUAUUUCAUGCAAUAUUGAAAGCGGUAAAUAAUUCCAGCUAAAUUAAUUCCUUGAAUAUUGUUGAACAGAUCACAUAAAUAAAUAUUUGUUUAACGACCUAUUUAUUGCAUUGCGGCAUUUUUGGCCCUCGGUACGUCCCUCGCUUCGCUUCGCCUUGCUUGCACAGGCGGCGAUGCUCGACUUGUGGCGUUCACGUUGUUAUGUUCCCGGUAGAGCUCGCUGUUGUACAGAAGGAACCUUCUCUUGAUCGUUUUUUUUAGAUCAAUUACACUACGCUCGCAGCAUUUGGUACUUUUUGCGAACUAGAUUUUCAAACGUAGGUGCUGAACUUCCUGCCAGCAGAGGUCCGCUCAGCUGCUUUCAAGCUGCUCUCUCUGAGUCCCGAAGGAAAAAGGAGCGACAAUCCUUUGAACCCGCCGAGCUUUACUGGGGUUGGGUCGUUUUUUGGGUUUUUUUGGAGCGCAGCGAGAAUUUCUGCUUCACGGUACGGCUGUUUAAGCUUCGAGUUAUUUCUACGUUUGAUGCUUUUUCUUUUUUUUUUUAACUUGUUCUCCUGCUCCAAACGCACCGCAGAUUCGACUGUAUUUCAGCAGGAAAACACUUUAAAAAUACCUUUUGUUUCACUCUUCUGUGUUCACCGUAGACCACUAGGUUUUUAUUGUAUAUGGAACCGUACUGGAAGAGCUGCUCCAACAUAUUUGUUUACAUUUGGUAAACUUAUUUUCCGGCUGGAGUUAAGACUAAAACUUACACGAUCGAUUGGGAAAACGUGUCCAGCGUGUCUCCUCUCAGAAACAGUUGUCCGUCACUGUGUAUAAAAAAAAAAAAAAAAAAAAAAAAAAAGGAUAUAUGUAUUAUUAUUGUCUGUCAAAAAGCAGAUGUUGGCAAACUUUUGACGCUUUAUUCGAGUGCGAGGUACUAAAAGUUGCAUUAUUUACUACCAGAUUUGGGGCAUUGCAUGGUGCAGACGAGGCGUCUACCAAAAGCAUCCGAGGCUGGACUUUGGCUAUUUUACAUAUUUUUGCAUGAGUCUGUUUUCAGAGGCCAAAUCUGAUUUUCUUCAUGGAGACGGAGCUUCUUUUAAAGGGUUGAUUUAUUAUUGUUAUUAUUAUUAUUAUUAUUAUUAUUUUUAAAUCUCCAGUUAAUUGUCCAUCGACCAGUCUCCCUUCCCUGAUGACACGUAAAGCACGGGGCCAGGUCUGAGCCAGCUGAGAUGGGAGUGCCUUUUCGCCAAUCAUUGCAGAAUUAGCAGGUCUAACAGUUAAAAAAAAAAAAAAAAGAUAAUUUGCUUAUCCACGCUCUAUUAUUUUGUGGCAUUUUCUUUAUUUUUAUUGUUUGAUGCUAGAUUUCUUACAAAGCUGAGAAGAUGUUGGGGGUUUUUUCAGCUCGUAGUGACAGUAGUCCAUCGCUAGUUUUAUUGAAAGUACAGACAUUCUACAUAGAAACCAUGUGUCCUUGUUGAUGUGUAGAGAAAGUAGAUCCAUAUCGUAUCUUCUAUAGAUAUUGUACUGAAUCCACCUUUAAACGAUGUACAGUACAUAAAGAAAUCGCUUUGGCAGCAUAACGUGGGCGUACUAGUCGGUGUACAGUGGAAGGUGAUUUUUUUUGUUUUUUUUUUUGUUUGUUUUCUUUUCUGAACAGCGUCCUAUUGCUCGAGUUAUUGAGAAGUGAUUCUGAGGGCAGCAUGAAAUUCACGCAAACCGCAGUAACGCCCGCCGGCUCCGAAAUCCCUCACAAUCUUCAUCGUGUCAAAAACGUGUCGCAGUUCAGAGUCCAGUUCCAAGGUCACAGGCCCUCCACGAUGACUCUUGAGUCGCCUCUUACCAUAAAACGCAGCCAGAGACGUAACGCCGCCACUAGGAAUCAACUUUGCAUGAGCCACACGUUUGUGAAUGUCCCGUGAGGGGGAUGAGACGGAGAGAGGAGCUGUGAUGCACGACCGAUACUCAAGAUUGUCUGUUUCACACAUCCAUCACACUCCACAACCAGAUCAUUGUUGUUUUUUUUUUUGGGUUUUGUUUUUCUUUUUGUUCUGUUUUCUUUAAAAUGUUGCUCAAAUGGACGAACGGUUGUGAUGUCUGCAGAAAUGUUGGAUGCUUCCUUUGUGCUUUGUCGGAGCUGCUCUGACUCUCCUACCGGUCGGAAAAGGCGGAUUGUAGCGGAGUUGAUGCUUAUGCUCUGAAACACAAUAAAGGAUGAACUGAUGGGAUGGAAA